AUGGGAAAGCAUUUUGGAGAGCUUGCUAAGAUCCGAGGGCUGAUAACAUACAAACUGUCGCAUCACGAACAGCGUGCUUUUGCUGGUGCCAUUUCUCACGGUAUACCUAAUACUUUCCGGAGAUUCCGUGAGAGCGUAUUUAGAGUACUACCUCCUUUUGUCAUUGGAUACCUGAUCUAUGAAGGAGUUGAAAGGGAGCAUCACCGUCUCUCACGUAAAAAUCCUGCUGAUUUUGAAAAUGAUCAAUAA